AUGGCCCCUUCUCGAGCCCUGCCCAGGCUGCCCUCUCGCUCCCACUUCUUCACGCCAACUCGAUUCUCGACACGCCGUUUUUUCUCCUCCACUCCGCCGCCCGCUGGGGCUGAUAUUUCUGCUCGCUCGCGAUUACAAAAGUUCAAUGACCGGCUCCCACGGUUUCUUCGGAGAUACACUACUCCGUUACUGGGCGCACCCACCACCCAUAUAACAUCAUUCCUUGUGCUUCACGAAUUCACCGCCGUGGCCCCGCUAUUCGCGCUUUUCGCCGUCUUCCACUAUUCGGGAUGGAUGCCCACUCUCACAAGCGGCGAAGGUGGUGCUUUUAAUGAAGCUGUACAGCGGUUUGGCAAGUGGAUGACCAAAAAGGGCUGGGUUGAUAGCGAGGAUGCGGAGGCUGCGAAGACUGCUUCCGCCACGGGUGUGAAUGGCGACAAUUCGCAGCUUGUGACUGAACAAAAGGGGGUCAAAUUGGUUUUCGAGUUUGCUGCAGCAUACGCUGUUACCAAGGCUCUUCUGCCGCUGCGUAUCGUUGCAAGCGUUUGGGCAACACCAUGGUUCGCGCGGGUCUUUAUUGGGCCUUUGGGAAGACGCAUGGGACGAAUUUUGCGGAAACGAUCUACGUAA